GGGCUUUCCAGACCAAUCGCCACCUCCGCCACAAACAACAACCAACAGUCGAAAGAGGCCUCGGAGAACUGUAUCUUCGUUAGAAAAUGAACUUGGCGCACUAUCAGCGGAGUCUGGCCCUGAGGGUGGUGCGGCGGAACUAUCUGAAGGGCGUUUUGAAGACCCACCCGAAGAACGAAGUGAAGAACGACAGCAAUUAGAAUCAACAGCUACUACCGAAGAUCUGUACCGAGUAUUAUCAGUUGGCAUGGAUGCUGUUAAAAACUCAAUAGAUAAGGGUAAGGCACGUAUCAUUGAAUUAGAAAAUAAGGUUGAAGAGUUAACCAAGCAAAAUCAAGAAUUAUUGAGAAAAGUGCAAAAGUUGGAAAUUGAAAAAGCGGAAAAUGAAACCAAAUUAACAGGUAUUCGCAAUCUUGUUAGAAGUGAUACUGGUGCAUCAUAA